AUGAAGAUCCCUAAAUUUCUAGUUUUCUCCUUCUUUAUCUUUGCCUUCACAGCAAUAUCAUUUGAAAGGGCCAUUGAUGCUCAACCUCCUAAAGACGCAGUGAUCGAUUCAAAUGAUAACGAGGUUCUCAUCGGUUUUGACUAUUACAUUGCGGUCACUAGUCCAUUCGAUGGGAUGUCUAUAGCCAAUGAAGCCAGCUGCCCACCUCCUGUUGUGCGUAGGAACAACCUCUCUUUGCUUCCUAUUAAAAUUUCAUCAGUGGUGGACUCCAAUGACAAUGUUGUUCGGGAAGACACUAACAUAAACUUGGAGUUCAAUAUCGAGCUCAAUAGCACCACUUGUAACGUGCCACCCAUUUGGAAAGUUGAAUUUAAUGCAUCAAUGCUACAAUGGCUAGUGACCAUCGGUGGAGAUCGAAGUCACAAUCGGUUUCAGAUUGCCAGGUCAUGCCCAUAUAGAAAAUAUUUCUAUCAGCUUCGUUACUGCCCAAGUCUUAGGUCCAUCCAAUUCCCAUGCGUUACAGUUUGCUCUUUUUUCAAGGAUGGAUUAAACUACCUGGCUCUAAAUGGUGAUCCAAUACCAAUUGUGUUGGGGCAGCUUGCGUCUGUAUCUUCAACAUGA